GCAGAGCUUCAGUAAGAGGAAACAGAGACAGAGCUGGCACAUAGUACUUGAUCUAGUUAUAAUUUCAGUGUUUAUACAUUGUUAAUGAAGUCAAACAUAAGCUAGAAACGAUAUAUAUUGAGCAGGGUGAUUAAUUAACUCUUUCUCCGCAGAAGUGACUGAUGCUCAGAGCGAUGUUCUCCAGUGAACACUUCAACAGAGAAGCCUGCUAGCUCUCUUGCUUUUUGUUUUCUUUCAAUACCCCGAGUUUUCCUCAGUUUCUUCAACGUUUCGGUAAAAACGCCGGUGUGCAUCAUGACAGGAAUAAUGUCUGCCCUGAAGGGCUGCACGAGCCCCAAUGUGUACGAUGAGGUGCCAGACGGAGGCUGGGGUUGGCUGGUGGCUGCUGCCUUCUUCUUCGUGGAGGUUUUCAUCUAUGGCAUCAUCAAGAUUUUUGGGAUCUUCCUCCAGGACCUCAUGACAGACUUCAAUGAAACCAACAGCAGAGUGUCUUGGGUCGUCUCCAUCUGUGUCUUUGUCAUGGCCUUCACAGCUCCUCUUUCCACGGUGAUGAGUAACCGCUUUGGCUAUCGGCCUGUCGUCAUGCUCGGUGGACUCCUGAUCAGCCUGGGUACAAUUACAACAGCCCUUACCAACUCCAUCAUUGAGAUGUACAUUACCAUGGGAAUCGUCGCAGGCCUGGGUUACUGCCUUACCUUCCUGCCUACAGUUACUAUCUUGUCGCAGUACUUCAGCAAGCGCCGUUCCCUCGUCACAUCCAUAGCCUCCACAGGAGAAUGCUUCUCCCUGCUAGCGCUUGCGCCAGCAAUGAAUGCGCUGAAGGAGCAGAUCGGCUGGCGUAACUGCUUGGUCGUGAUUGGGGUUAUGCAGGCCUCAAUUAUUGUCUGUGGGGCUCUGCUAAAGCCAAUAGUCAUCAAACCCAAACCCGCCGCCCCAGAGAGUUCCACAUCCCCCCUUAAAGAACCUGAAUCCAAAUAUGACCUGGAGAAUGAAUUCACACGGACCUCUUUCGGCUCUGUGGACUCAGGGGUCCAGUCUGUCACCUCUUCCCAGAUCAACCUGUCUGAGGGCCAGACAUCUACAGUACAGGAGAAAAAAGCACUUAAGGAAAAGGAGGAAGAAGAAAACGAGCCACCAGUGCUGCCCGAGUCCCCACUCAAAAAGGAACUAGAAGACUCAAGCAUCUCUAGGCCCAAGUUGUUGGACUUCUCUGUGCUCAGAGACGCCAGCUUCAACUGCUAUGCACUGUUUGGCCUGUUCGCCACUCUGGGCUUCUUCGCUCCUCAGCUCUAUGUCAUUGAGCUGAGCGUGAGCCGAGGAGUGUCACGUGACCAUGCCACCUACAUGCUCUCGGCCAUGGCCGUGGCUGAGAUUCUAGGUCGUCUGUCCAUGGGUUGGGUGCUCAAUCGCAGGCCCAUCCGCAAAAUCUACAUUCUGCUGAUUUGCACGGUGCUGCUGUGUCAGGUGCUGGUCGUCUUCACCUUUGUCACUGAGUUCUGGGGGCUCAUGUCCUGCUCCUGUUUCUAUGGCUUCCUGCUGGGCACCGUGGCCUCCAGUCACAUCCCAAUGCUGGCUGAAGAUGACGUGAUCGGCAUUCAGAGAAUGUCAUCGGCUGUUGGCGUCUAUGUCUGUAUCCAGAGCUUUGCGGGACUGGCCGGUCCACCUUUAGGAGGUUUUCUGGUAGACAUGACUGACAAUUACGGAUCAGCCUUUUACUCCUGCGCGGCUGGGAUGGGAGUCGGGGCUCUGUUUCUUGGACUGGUGCGUCCAGCCAAAACCGGCCUUUGCCUUGGGAGGAGAAAAAAUGACCAGCAAACAGACAGAGACUCCAGCUCACAGGGUAGUGAUUAUGGCCCUGCCGACUUUGUAGAAAUGGACAUGGAGAUCGACAACAGUCCUGCAAAGAGCAAACCUUGGCCAGUAUGAAUACCGCCUCACCUCAAGAGUAAACACGCUUAUCCUCCACUUGAAUGAUCAUCCCAAAGGCUGCCACACACAAACCCUGUGCAAACAGGGUCAAAACCUAACUUUACGUCAAUUAAAGAAAGAGUUUUAUCACUCUUCAUUGCACUUUUUUGCUGACCACCCAAUCAUAAUCCCUAAAACACGUUUACAUUCCUUGUCAUUAUUUAUUGAAAAGAAACAAAAGUUUUGAGGUUCCUUUCCUGUCAUAUUGUGUACCACUUACUAGUCUCUACAGAUAAACAUGCUUUUAGAGAGGACAAGAAUUAAACCCAUUAAGCAUUCAAUGCUAUUCUUCUCAUUUACCAAAGUCUUAGUGUGAAAUGCAACUUCACUCUUUAUUUCAUUAUUAUAUUGUCCACAAACCAUCAUACCGCUGUAACAUAUAAAAAAGAAACCUCAGGCUGUUUUGCUGCUUACAGUGAGGCCAUGAUGCAUAUGUAUAUUUCAUUAGGUUCAGAGUUAAAGGUGGGGUAAGCGAUUUUUCAAAAAUGCUUUAGAAAACUGAUUCGGGCCGAC